AUGCCGAAAGGAUGGCCACCCGAAGGAGAACCGAGGCCAUCCGAUCGGAAACUCCACCCGUUGCCGUCGUUGAGUCCUCUCUGCCUGUUAUUGAGGAAGAAACAGCUCAGACCGAAACAGCUGAGACGGAGCAAGUGGAACAGGGGGAUCAGGAGGCUGAGCAAAGGGAGAAAAAACACCCCACCUAGCGAGAAACCAUCUCUGGUGAGGACCAAAUCGAUAAACAGCCGCGCAUUGAGGAAUCGGACUUGGAUAGCUAAAAUCGGCCGACGUCAACAUGACGCUAUAGAACAGAUCGACUUGUUAAAAGCCAAAAUUAAAAAUAAAAAAAGCAAGGCUGUGGAAGCCUCUCAAAGAGCCGAUUCUGAGGCAGCAAAAGCGCCAGAGGAACGUGCGAGAGCCGACUCCGAAGCCGAGAGCGCAAGGAAUUCCGACCAACUAAGGCUGGCCGCCGAAGAGAGGGCCAAAGCGAGCGAAGACGUGCUCAAGUUAGCUAAGGAGGUGAUCGCCAAGCUGGAAGCCGACUUGGAAGAGUCGAGGAAGGCAAAGGAAAUAGCCGACUCCGAGAUUUCCAAAACGUUCCAAGCUGAGAAGGACGCCGCCUUGGAAAACUACGUAGAGGAAGUGGCCAAGUUUGAGAAUCAGGGCUUCCAAAACAGCUGGCUCAAAGCCCUCACUGCCGUGAAUGUGACAUUGGUACAGCCGAUUCCAUACGAGCAGCUAGAAAACUUUGUGUCAGGAGACCCAAAGAAUAUGGUUUGCAAAUUGACUAAAUCCAUCUAUGGACUCAAACAAGCUUCUCGUCAGUGUGGGAGUAAACACAUAUUUUUGGUUUUAUAUGUUGACGACAUAUUGCUUGCCACAAACGAUAUAAACUUAUUGCAUGACACCAAGAGAUUUCUAUCUAAGAAUUUUGAAAUGAAAGAUCUUGGUGAUGCUUACUUUGUAUUAGGAAUUGAAAUACUCCGUGAUCGUUCUCGGGGUAUUCUGUGA